AUAGAUAAUGAGCAGAGUGUUUUUUUUCCACUUUUUGGUUCCUCGUUGGCUCUAAAAAACCAAAAUUCGCUGGUAAUUUCAGGAUUUUCGACCACUCAAAUCCCGACGGACAUGGCUUACAAGAAGAGUAACUAUAACCCUCUCUCCGGCGAUGGUGCUAGCCCCGGAAAGAUCUUCAUCGGUGGUUUAGCUAAAGACACCACUUUGAAUACCUUCGUUCAGUACUUUGAGAAGUAUGGGGAGAUAAUUGACUCUGUGAUCAUGAAAGACCGCGAAACUGGUCGACCUAGGGGGUUCGGGUUCAUCACCUACGAGGAUCCUGCUGUUGUUGACCAAUUAAUUGAAGAGACUCAUGUGAUCAACGGAAAACAGGUUGAGAUAAAGAGAACCAUUCCAAAGGGGGCUGGUCAGGGAAAUGAUUUUAAAACAAAGAAAAUUUUUGUUGGCGGGAUUCCACCGACCUUUCCUGAAGAUGAGUUCAAAAGCUUCUUUUCACAAUUUGGUAAGGUGGUGGAGCAUGAGAUCAUACGUGAUCAUGUCACUAAGCGCCCUCGAGGAUUUGGAUUUGUUGUAUUUGACAGCGAUCAUGUUGUUGAUAAUGUUCUCGCAAAUGGAAAUAGGAUUGAUAUGGCAGGUACACAGGUUGAGAUCAAGAAGGCUGAACCAAAGAAGGCCUCAAACCCCGCACGUGUUCCUGCAUUUGGUACUGACUCUAGGGCACACCCUUACAAUGAUAGAUUCGGUGCAUUUGGCGACCCCAUGAGUAGUUUCGGUCCUGGUGGUUAUGGCCCUCCUCCUUAUAGGUCACUUGGACGUUUUGGCAGUAGGUUUGGUGAUUAUGGUGGAUAUCCAGAUACUACUGAUUUUGGAGGUGGUUUUAGAGGUGCAUUUUCUGGUUAUCAUGGGGAGUCAUCAUUCGGCUAUCCUAGUCGCUUUGGUUCCUACGGUGAAGGGCUUGGCGGGGGAUAUGAUGGUAGUGGGUUAGGUGCAUAUGGGCAUGAAGUUAGGGGCUAUGGUGGUUACGAUGGUUCAGGCUCUGGUGAUGGCUAUGAUUCAGGCCCUGCUGCUACUUAUGGUGGGCCUCGAGGCAUGUAUGGUAGUAGGGCAGGUUAUGGUGGGAGUAGUCGUUACCAUCCCUACGGAAGGUAGAAUUAUGCUUAAGCUUCCCAAUAGGUGUUGCAUGCAGGUUACUGCAAGAGGCUCUAAGCUAGGAGAUCAAAUCAACCAUUAGUUUGUUCGAUGGUCUACUCUAUCGCACGGACAACCAAAGUUAGAUCAUCACUAAUUUAGAGACCUCUGUCGUUUAUCAGUUAGGCAUCUUAUUGUCGUCGUAUGUUGGGAUUUAGAAACUUACUGUUAUGUUGUAACAUAUUUUUGGUAGAAUCAGCCUAGACUAGAGUUAUCUGCCUAUUAUCUUUCGUUGCAUUGGUUUCUCUAUAGUGUGCACAGUGUGAAAUAUUCAAAUUAGUUUUAACUCUUUUGUUAAUAUGCAGCUACCUUCAGUGA